CUAAGGGCCUGGAGGACUUCCGGAGCGAGGUGACGUCUUGAGCGUUCCUUCUACGUAAAAUCGAGGUGGGGUCUGGAGGUUCGAGGACGGUGAUCAGUGUUAAUUGCUGGGUGGAGACGGUUCAAUGAAAGAAGAUCUGACGUUCGGGACCGGCGGGAGAUAGUUAACUGAAAGGAAUCUGCCCCACUGCUGCAACCAAACCAGAUGCCUUCUUCCACUUCACCAGACCAGGGAGAUGACCAGGAGUCCUGUAUUUUAAAAUUUGCAGACCUGGAUUUGAAAGAUACAAGUCUUAUCAAUCCCAAUAGCAGUCUCAAAGCAGAGCUAGAUGUCAAUACAAAGAAGAAAUACUCAUUUGCAAAAAAAAAGGCAUUUGCCCUUUUUGUCAAAACCAAAGAAGUUCCGGCACCUUCUUUUGAAUGUAAAGAAAAAUGGUGGAAAUGCUGUCUUCAGCUAUUCACAGACCAGACCAGCAUCCAUAGACAUGUGGCAACACAACAUGCAGAUGAGAUUUGCCACCAGACUGCUUCUAUUUUAAAGCAGCUGGCUGUAACAUUGAACACCUCAAAGAGUCUUAAGUCUGCAGACAAAAAGAACCCUGUAAUAGAAUAUCUUACUCGUAACCAUGAAGUAUCCAUUUGGCUCCCUGAUAUAAGCUGCUUUAGCCUUGAUGAGCAGACAAGUGGCCAGGGCAGUGAUGAGGGGGAGGUGCUACUUUAUUACUGCUACUGUGACCUAGAGGAUCCCCACUGGAUCUGUGCCUGGCAGACAGCUCUAUGUCAGCACCUGCACCUCACAGGCAAGGUUCGAAUUGCUACAGAAGGAAUCAAUGGGACAGUUGGUGGAAGCAAAUUGGCGACCAGACUCUAUGUGGAAGUCAUGCUUUCCUGCCCAUUGUUUAAAGAUUAUCUGUGUAAGGAUGAUUUUAAGGCCAGCAAAGGAGGAGCUUUCUGUUUUCCAGAAUUGCGUGUUGGUGUAUUUGAAGAAAUUGUGCCUAUGGGGAUCAGUCCCAAUAAGAUCUCCUACAAGAAGCCUGGAAUCCAUUUAUCCCCAGGUGAAUUUCAUAAAGAAGUAGGAAAGUUUUUGUCUCAGGCAAAUCAAGAACAAAACGAUACUAUUCUACUGGACUGCAGAAACUUCUAUGAAAGCAAAAUAGGACGAUUCCUGGGCUGCUUAGCCCCAGACAUCAGGAAAUUCAGUUACUUCCCUAGCUACGUUGACAAAAAUCUGGAACUUUUCAGAGAGAAGAGGGUACUGAUGUAUUGCACUGGGGGCAUCCGUUGUGAGCGGGGUUCAGCCUACCUUAAAGCCAAGGGAGUGUGUAAGGAAGUGUUCCAGCUCAAGGGCGGCAUCCACAAGUACCUGGAAGAGUUUCCGGAUGGUUUUUACAAGGGGAAGUUGUUUGUUUUCGAUGACCGUUAUGCCUUGUCCUACAACAAUGACGUGGUGUCAGAAUGUUCAUACUGUGGUGCCCCAUGGGACCAGUAUAGACUCUGCUCCACUCCCCAGUGCCGCCAGCUUGUCUUGACUUGCCCCGCCUGCCAAGGACAAGGAUUCACAGCGUGUUGUGUCACAUGUCAAGACAAGGGGAACAGGCCAGCUUCUGGCCCUACCCAGAAUAGCUUUAAAGAGGAAUGUGAGUGUACAGCCCGACGACCACGCAUACCCAGCGAACUUUCACAGCAGACACAGUUCCCCCUGAAUCCAGAGCCAAGGCCUGAUGUUGGGGAGGAUGGGCCGGGCCAGUGAGUAGCACCGUCAGCAUUUCUGAGCCUGCACAAAGCUAGGUUUGGGGCUACCACAGAUUGAAGAAUAUCAAGGCUACAACAACAGAGAAAUGGGUAAAUUUAGUGCUGGCCAUUACCACCAUGGCUAACUAGUCACCGUAUUGGCCACAUGUAUUUCACAGGAGGAGGGCAGAGGGACUUGGCACUGACCACUUACCUGAGACAUUCUGACUCAGAAGGUGCUAGAGCGUAAAGAAAGGUGAUCUGUGUGGGAUUCCAAAGCUGCUGAGGGAUACAGCCUUGAGCUUGGUAACUAAGUCAUGCCCUUUCGGUGCCAUGCAGCAGGACUGGUAGUAAUUUUUCUUGUCACCAAACCUGUCUGUCUUGAUGGCAGAAAUGUAAAAGCUUUGGCGCUAGAAGUAGACUCUGGAACUAGGUUCUGUAGGUCACCUGCCAUCCACCUCUACCCUACCUUGUGUCUCUUAGCCUGAGAGUGCUAGACCAGGAUCUGCAAACUCCAGCAUUUGGCCUACCUCCUGCUUUUGUAAACAGUUUUAUUGGAAUAGCCACACCCAUUUAUUUACAAAGAUUGAUGGCAGAAUUACUUAUUUACAACAGAAACAUGGCCUGCAAAGCAUAAAAUAUUUAGUAUCUGGCCCCUUAAAGAAAAAAAUUGCCACCUCUUGGUCUAGACCAACAGCUCAUCUGAUGGAGCAGAUAGUCUUAAAGAUGUGGCCCACCUUCAUUUUUUAUUGCCUUGGUUUAUGCCAGAGAUACCCCCCUAGUAGUCUCUGCUCCCCGCAACACCCACCACACUCUUAGCUUUUAAGUUUUCUCUUUGAGAGAUUCAAACUAGCAUAAUGACACUAACAUUUGGACAGUUGUUUUUAGAUGAGUACCUCGGAAUAUAAGAUACUUUGAGUGAAGGUUGUUCAGCACUGCCGUGGUGGUUUCCCAGCCUUCUGGCCAACAUAUUGGACACAUGUCCCUGUCACUCAGGUCCCAAGAAACACGCAGCUAUUCGUAGACCAACAGAUUUAAUAUGAUGUUGCAGUUUCCAGUGAUGCAGAAUAGAGCUGCAAUUGUGUUUCAAGGCAAAGCCAGUGGACCUGGCUGUCACUGGAGCAUGGUGCCACUCAAGGGCCCAUCUGCAGCCUCAGUAGACACUCUUCCACAGUGGUGAGGCCCUGGCUUCGCCUCUGGUUACCCUGUACCGUCCACAUCAUUACAGUUCAGGGUGCAAGACUUCAUUUUUGAUCAAAAACCUCUCUGCUCAGUGCUCUGCUGCUUAGUCUGUGCUCAUCAGUUCUUUGGCUUGUCCUUGAUUGUAAGAUUUAACCAGUUACUCAUGAAAGUAACUCCCGAGGCAACAGAAAUACUAGCUUAACUGGCACUGUGGUAUAUUAAAAGGCACAAGGGCAUUUUGGCUUAACAUUUUUGCUAGAUCCCAAGAGGUGCACACGAUGUUAAAAAGGAUGCGGCAGCAAUGCCACAAUUGCAUUGUCAGAAUCAUCAUCUUGGGAUGGUUUGGCCAGGGUUCCUAAUUCUUUAAUAUCUGGAUCUUUAUCACUGGCUUUCAGAGGCUUAAUUUUUACAGGCAGGAAAUUAGCGGUGACUAGUCUAGUAAGUGCUGCCACAGGUAGUUGAGAUCCGUCAGCAUAGCCACGAUGGACUAGAAAUUUACCCCUCUGUUUGAUUUCACAUAAGCCAUUAGUCCACUGUGCAAUGUAGAAAGAUGUUUUCUAUAGUAUUUGGCCAUAGGUUUUCACAUCCACCAUGAGUUUGGCAUUCGAUAAGGAAAAAAUUCUGACUCUAGUAUUAAAUUUUAAAGAAAUCCCAGAUGUUCAUAAGGAAUUUUAUUGCCUGGGAUUAGUGAAGAAAGAUGGUGUUUGAAACUUGAAAUUUUACCAUUGGCUUUUCUGUUAUUUCCUUGUAUCCAGCAAAAGGAACCUCAUGUUCUUUGAUUCCUAGCAGAGCUCUGUGGCUUCAGUCUGUCUUUCUCAAGGGACAAAAUUGUAUUCUUGACUCUAUAAUCAGUUUGUCAGCUUUAAUCUCGAGGUUCUUAAAAUUUAAAGGAGGUUAAUAAAGAAUUAUGAUCUUUUGCUAACUAGCUAAGAUCAAAUUUGUAAUAAAGUAUUUUAUAAUGCUUCUAAACCA